AUGGGAGGAAACAGAAUUAAAGUCUCUGAUGCAGAGAGAUACCCUUGCGAUUAUGAAGGUUUUUUACAAAAAGAAGGUGGAAACAUUAAGAGUUGGAAAAAACGUUGGUGUAUUCUUAAGGGAAAUAAAAUAUUUUAUUUCAAGUACAAGGGCGAUCAAUAUUGCAAAGGUUUUAUAGUAUUGGAAAAGAACUCUGUCACUGCAACUAAAAGUGGUCAAAUUUUUACAGUUUAUACUUCUGUUCGUACUUUUGUCAUGCACUGCGAGGUGGCAAGCCAAGUUCCUAUUUGGGUUGAAAAAAUUCAACGUAGUGUUGCCAUACUAAAUGGACAAGCACAAACUGUCAUGGCAGUGGCACCUGGAAGCAUAGUUGUAGCUCCCCAAGCAGGUGUCUACCAACAAAUUCCUCCAACACAACCAGGGGCUUAUCCACAGUACCCCCAGCAACCUGGUCAACAACCAACUUAUCAAUAUCCUCCUCAAUAUCCACCACCACAACAACAACCAGGUGCAGCAGGACAACAACCAAUGUAUCAAUAUCCACCACCACAACAAGGUUAUCAAUAUCCUCCUCAAUAUCCACCACAACCAGCAGGACAACAACCAAUGUAUCAAUAUCCACCACCACAACAACAACAACAACAACCAGGUGCAGCAGGACAACAACCAAUGUAUCAAUAUCCUCCACGACAACCAGGUGGGGCUUCUCCUGCUACUCAACCACCUCAAGCAAGUGCUCCUCCAGCUCAUAAAUCAAAUAUUUCACUUGAAAAACAACAACCACCUGGUCAAGCUGGUCAACCACCUCACUAUCCUCCACCACAACCAGGUGGGGCUUCUCCUGCUACUCAACCACCUCAAGCAAGUGCCCCUCCAGCUUCAUCUGCUCCACAAAUGUAUCCACCACCAGUGUUUUCAGGUGCCCCUGUUUCUCAUCCACCAGUUGCACAUCACCAAUCUGCACCACAAAUGUAUCCAACUCUGCCACCACAACAACAACAACCAUUUGCAUCCUAUGGAAUGAUGCCAGCCGUUGCACCAAUGCCAUUUUCAUCGAUUAUUGAUGGCCGUCUCAAUCCCCCACCAGGAACAACUCUUUUUAACUGCGGCAAUGGUUGUGGUGAAAUUAUAGUCAGAAUUAUUUCAGCAAAGAAUCUAGUUGCGGCUGAUCUAAAUGGAAAGAGUGACCCAUACACAGCCAUUCGCACAACUACAUCAAAAGAGCCAUUAAAGACUAAAGUUAAACCAAAAACCCUCAACCCUACAUGGGAACAAAGUUUCACAUUGCCAGUUAACGAUGUUCUUGUUGACAUGCUCAUUUUGGAGGUAUGGGAUCAUGACACUGUUGGAAAUGAUGAUUUAAUUGGAUUUGUUGGCAUUGAUCUUGCACUCCUCCCAAGAGGUGUCGAGGUGAUUACAUGGGAAAAUUUAUCAUUUGUCGAACACGGAGAGUUACAAGUUGGUAUCACUGCAACCAACUUUGGCAUUCAAAACUUCCCACCCAACUACCCAUUGGACUAUAUUCAAUGGCGUAGCUCUCUCCCAGCAGUCUCUCGUAAAGGAAUGAAAAAAGAGAAACAUGAAGUCAAGAAGCAGGCAAAGGAAAACAAAACACAAAAAUCAAAUCCAUCUGGUCCCUAUGCAUCAAAAUCCGUUCACCACAACUAUCAACUUGUUAAUGGUUGGUUAAAAAAGAAAAAGACAAAGACUGAGAAAUUUGCUUCUGGUGCCAAGUCGACAGGUAUAGUAUUGGGCGCCAUAGUACUUGGUGCACUCGGUUAA